CAAAGCGAAGAAUGACAGAUACGGGGAUGAAGAUCAGACAAAGUACAUGUAUGUUUUUUUUUCUUUUUUUGGCAAAGACCCGCCGGAAGUCAAUGCUCACGCUGCGUGCUAUACAAGCCGUCAACUUUAAACCAACGGGGAAAAAAACGCUUAUAUUGGGUUUGAAAGUCUGAUAGCAUUUUCUGCUGAAGCAGAAGCAAAACCAACAAGGCAGAGAAGAGCAAGCAAGAAGCAAAACAAUACACGGAACGAAAGGAAACAGAGAUUUCAAGUUAGUAGCUAACCGUAAUAAAAUCAUGAAUCUAUUUAGGUUAGCAGGAGACCUAACCCAUCUGCUCAGCAUAGUGGUCUUGUUCCGUAAGAUCCGCACCACCAAAUCUUGUGCAGGAAUUUCACUCAAAACUCAAGAACUCUACGGGUUGGUCUUUCUUACUCGAUACAUUGACUUGGUUAUCAAGUAUCACUCCUUGUAUAACACUUUAGGGAAGCUCAUCUUUAUUGGAACUUCUCUUGCCACGGUCUGCCACAUGAGGUACCAUAAAGUAGUGAAGCAAACCUACAACAAAGAUCAAGAUACUUUCAGACAUUACUAUCUCAUCCUUUUUUGCUUGGGGCUGGCUCUUCUGAUUCCGCGUUCUUUUACAGUAAUUGAGGUUCUUUGGGCAUUUUCAAUAUAUCUUGAAGCCGUAGCAAUCUUACCACAAUUGGUUUUACUGCAAAGGUCAAGAAACAUUGAUAACUUAACUGGAAACUACGUUUUCCUUCUUGGUGCUUACCGAGCCCUAUAUCUUCUCAAUUGGAUUUAUCGUUUCUUCACAGAGCUUCACAGAGUUCUCUGGAUACCUUGGGUUUCAGGCCUUGUUCAGACUGCUCUUUAUGCUGACUUUUUCUACUACUAUAUUAAGAGCUGGAAGAAACACGAGGAGCUUAAGCUUCCUGCUUGAAGUGGAUCAUUCUGGAUGUGUAAUUUCAACUAACACAAAAGCAAUGGAUAGAUACUUUACUUGAGGAUGUAGAACCAAAGCUGACCGCUGUUAUCCUUGUCAUGGGAUUUUCUCCCUACAUGCAUUAAUAUUGUAAUUUGUAUAGUGCAGCAACAUUAUCAUGAUUAAUAGUUUACGGUGAUCUGGUGGGACAGUCAGUGCUAC